AUGGGCAAGCGGUUCGGGCUGCGUAUUUCGUGGGCGAUUCCUUCCCUCAAUUCCUGCCGCAGCAAGGACGAGGAUGCCGCCGCCGCCGCCGCCGCACCGGCGGCGAAGGAGGCUCUUCUUCCGGCUUACCUCUGGGAAGAGGAGGAGAAGUGGCACGUCGUCGCCCGCGUUGAGCCCUCUCCCCGUCAGAAGAUUGAUUCAGAGGACGGCGGGCGGGAGCUCUUCCCGCCUCUCCCUCUUCGUCGGAGCCGAAGGAGAACGGCGGCGAAGAAGAAGAUCAAGUCCAAGUCCAAGACCAAGAUGAGGUCCCGCGUCAGCACAUCCUCCGCCAACAGCCACUGGUUCACCAGCGAGGACGAGAAGGAGUACGUCGAGGAGUACGAUUACGAGGACGGUGAGACAGAGGUGUUGAUGUCAUCCUCUCGGAGCUUCUCCACCGACGAUUCCUCUCCCCCGAGGGAGAGGGCUUCGUCCGUGCUGGAGAGGUUGAAGAUGACCCCGCUGUUGAAGCUGGCGGGGGGGAAAGUGAAGGAGAGCUUCGCGGUGGUGAAGAAAUCGGAAGAUCCCUACGGAGACUUCCGGAGCUCGAUGGCGGAGAUGGUGGUGGAGAACCAGAUGUACGAUGAGGGGGACUUGGAGCAACUACUCCACUGCUUCCUCGUGCUCAACUCUCGCCACCACCAUCCUGCUAUCGUGCGAGCCUUCUCCGACAUCUGGGCCGCCAUUUUCCCCAACACCGCGAUGCCGUCGUGCCCCACUCCGCAGCCUUGA